AUUUUAAAGAAGAAAAUUAAUUUUGUCAAUAAGAUUACAAUGGAUUCGAUAAAAAAUAUAUAUAAUAUCCAAUGAACUGUUUGUUGGUCGAAGGAUAAAAAGAGCUUCAAUCAACAAUCGAACUCUUUGAAUUGGUGAUUACAAUUAGAGAUGAAGGAUUCUGGUGGAAAUUUUGAUGACUAUUAUUAUGGUGAAAACUUCGUUUCCCGAGAGGAAGAAACGAUUUUAGAUCAACUACACAAGUUAGAUUUUCUCAACGAUGUAACUUAUAUUUGCAUCCUGAUUGCAGUGAUUUUCUUAAUUUUCUUGGUGGGUUCCUGCUUAUUUUCUUAUGAAACAUGUUCACCCUGUUUAUAUUCGUGUGUUCGAAGCAAAAGAUUAUGGACAAAUAAUCUAAUCAUGUUUUUGACCGCUGGAAUGGGACCUAAUUUAGAUUACAGGGUCGUUAGGUCGUAUUGUCGAGCAGAUGGAGUGACCUUAAGCAGAAAUGAUUAUCGAAAUUGUUUGGAAAAGUUUGACAAAUUGGUCCAAGAACUACCAAAAUCAGACCAACAACUAGUGGACGAACUAUUGAAUCGAUAUAAAUUCAGAAAAGAUCCCCACAGAAUAAUACAAGAGAGAGAAAGAGAAUUGAGGAAAAAAGAAAACAAAUGGAAUAAAUUGAAAAAAUUAACGGCAACACAAUCAAAACCGAUAACAGAUCAACCUAAAAUUAAGGAAAAUAUUAGGAGAAAAAGUUAACAACUGAUGUAAUAGUAAUCAAGUAGAACCAAUUGUUUGGAGCAUAUUGUUGAUGGAUUUCCAUUUGGUAAUCGAUUCACUCUCGGUAAUAUAAAUUAUCACAAUUUAUGUUAACAGUACAAAUCAAAUUAUCUUUAACCAGAACAAGAAAUUAACUUGUAUAAACCAACCUGCCAAGUAAAUACAUCCUCUGGCAUGAGCUUUUUUCCUCUCGUCUGGCUGUUGGAAUUAAUGAAAGG